UUCUGCAAAUGUGAGCUCAUAUGCUGACUACGAACUGGAAGAAACAUUUUGGGAUGAGAGUCAGGAAACAUUUGAUAAUGAAGCUACUUUGUCUUUCAAUGACACACUUAUAUCUUCAAAUGCUACAACUCCAACAUUUGAAGACUCCCUGACAGAUGGCGUGAACACCUCCGAACAUUUCAAUUUUACGGGAAAAGGAAGACUGAAGCGAUUCCCAAUACAACCGACGUCAUAUUCACAGUAUGGAUUGCCUCCAGAUCCUCUACCGCCAUACGGAUUACCAAUGUAUGUUCUACCGCCAACACCACCAUUACUUCCUCCUCCGCCACCGUCUCCGCCUCCACCACCACUGUCUCCAUAUGCUUUGCCAUCGCCACCACCACCUCAUCUUUCUCACAACUUCCGCCCUAUUUUACAUGAUAUCUGUCCACCUUUAGCUGGUACUUGCGCGCAAUGCAUUACUGAUAUCAAUCUGUUGCCAACCAGCAUUUGCUACUUCUCUGUGGCUUCCCAAGAGUACCUGCUCAUUACCCAUGAGGCUGCUUUCAGGACAGAUGGCCCUUUGCUUGGCAAGAUAUCACUCUCGAUACAUACUAUUCUUGUACCAGGUGAUAGGAUUACCGAAAGUAUUGUUCCGAAUCUUUUGAAAGCCUGCCAUCCCGAACCUUCUCCAGUUCUAGCGGAACCUCCUUAUAAACCACCUCCUCCGCCCCCGCCUCUUUAUGGACCACCUCCUCCACCGCCACCUCCUCCUCCCCCACCAUUGUAUGGUCCACCCCCUCCUCCGCCACCCCCACCUCCGUAUAAACUUCCGCCUCCACCCCCUCCUCCUCCUCCCCCACCUCCUCCUCCACCCCCACCUCUUUACGGACCACCUCCACCGCCACCGCCUCCUCCACCACCUCUAUAUAAACUUCCUCCACUCCCACCCCCGCCUCCGCUCCCACCCCCUCCUCCACCCCCGCCUCUUUAUGGACCACCUCCACCGCCACCUCCUCCUCCACCACCUCUGUAUAAACUUCCUCCACUUCCACCACCGCCUCUUUAUGGACCACCACCUCCGCCACCGCCCCCUCCACCACCACCGCCUCCCCCUCUGUAUAAGCUUCCGCCUCCACCACCUCCUCCACCCCCGCCUCCUCCACCACCACCUCCUCCUCCACUCCCACCCCCGCCAUUGUAUGGUCCACCACCUCCUCCUCCGCUCCCGCCUCUUUAUGGAUUACCACCUCCGCCACCACCUCCUCCACCGCCUCCACCCUUGUAUGGUCUACCUCCUCCGUUGCCGUUACCUCCUCCUCUUCCACUUCCACCACCUCUGCCUUUAUAUCCACCCAUCCUUCCCCCCAAAGCAAAACCCUUACCUCUUUUGCCACUUCCUUUACCACCUGAACUCGCCAAGUGUUUGCUUCCUCAGACUUGUCCGAAGUGUCUACCUUUGGCGAAAGCAGAGCUCAGUGCAGCAUACUGUUCUGCGGAUUUUGCUUUGCUAGCCUUGCUCAAUAUUCCUGAUCUCGCCUUGCUGAAACCAGCAGCCAAAAAUUCUUAUGAUGGACCAUCCUGUUUGAAGUUAAGUGCUAAAAUCCUUUACGAUAUAUCCAAAGGUUUGGACCCCAAGUUGCUGAACCUCGAACUCCCGCUUUUACUGCCAGUGAACUGCAUAUGCCUUCCAAAAAUAAAAGGACCUGCAGUUGUGAUUCUGCUCGGCACUUAUGUUGCAUUACCAGCACCUCCUGCUGCCCAGCUGACAAAAGAUUUCACUCUAAUUCUCCUACCGGCACCUAGCAGUAUCACUCUUCCAAGCUGCCUUCCUGGCCCACCUGGGCCACCCAAACCUCCUCCACCUUUACCGGGAAUAGCCUGUCCUACAUAUAUGCCAGCAUCGUGUCCUACUUGUGUUCCUGCAUUAGAUCCUCAGCUAUUUUCUCUUUUCUGCACUGCCAAAUUGGGUUUAAUUACGGAACUUUUGGAGGCAGCUCCUCUCGUUCCUACUUUAGCCGCAAAUCCUGUGGUAAAAAUCAUCUCUUCUAAGACACAGUACGAAAAGAGAGUGACAAUAAAUGUAUUAGCUCCACCCAAUAUGUGUAUUCAUGGAUUCUUAAAAGUCCUACAGACCGUCGCUCCUCUGCCUCAAGGAUACACAUCUCCGUCUGCUCUUCAGUUUUUUUCACUGUCUGCUUGUCCCUGCCCUCUCCUAGGAGCACCGCCUGGGACAAUAUUGUUGAUUUUUAGUGCAAAAUUGCCGCCAUUUCUUCCCAGUGGAGCUCUUCCUCUCUCACAGGAUAUAUUUUUAGUUCCGCUUCCUCCUGGCACUCCACUAAUAUCAUGUGCACCGCCUCCCAUCCUUCCACCACCUCCAUUUCUACCUCCAUAUGGGCCUCUUCCACCACCACCACCACCUCCUCCUCCUCCUCCUGUAUAUAGUCUUCCUCCUCCACCACCACCACCUCCUCCCCCACCACCUCCGCCUUUAUAUGGGCCUCCACCACCACCCUCCACCCCCGCCACCUCCUCUGUAUAA